GCCGGAAACCGAUUGGUCUGGCUUCGUGGGUCUCCUGGCACCGGGAAGACCGCGGUAUCUAUGAGCAUCGCAUCGAUACUUGAGAAGGAAGGUACUCUUGCAGCCUCUUUCUUUUGGGACAAAAAUCAAAAGGGGACGGGCCUCGAUUCUCUGGAGAAAUUUCCUUCUACACUGGCACGUCAACUUGCGAACUUCAAUGGGGACUUCAAGGUCUCGCUUGUGAAACGCCUUCGACAGCCGAAUUCGGAGUUGGUUCUCAGUCUUCCUCUGGAGAAACAAAUGAGGACUUUGAUUCUGGAGCCGAUGAAUGGUCUCAAGGGCAUAAUGUCCGCAAGCAAGAAACGCUUCACCAUCAUCUUGGAUGGUUUAGAUGAAUGUGGGGAUUCAGUG